AUGCCACCAAGACUACCGCUCCGCAAGCCCCUCGAGGCCCUCUUCAAGCGCAACGAUGCCAUCACCCUCACACCCCGCCGCACCCUCAUCGCCGCGCCAAAACCAAACUCCGGUCCUCUGAUGGAGCGCCGCGCCGACCGCGCCCUCCCCGACAUGACCCCCAGCAAAUCGUGGAUGAUCACUCUACCCCUCUUCCUCAGCGCCAUGGCCGCCUCCACUCUCGCCAUCUUCAACUACCAAAAGCAAAACUCGUCGGUGGUGACCAGCACAAUGUACUCGUUGCGAACGAAUGCGCUUGCCAGAGAGAUUUUGGGCGAUGAGGUCUAUUUUGCCAGCAAGAUUCCUUAUAUUGGUGGAGAGAUUAAUCAGUUGCAUGGAAAGAUUGAUGUUGUGUAUUGGGUCAAGGGGACGAGGCAACAGGCAAAGAUGAGGUUCAAGAGUCACAGGAAGACGAGGAUGGGAGUUAUAAUANNGUUCGAGACGACAGAGUGGAGUCUGGAGCUGGAGGACGGCACUGUGGUCGAUUUGCUCAAGACCACUGACUCUGAUCCUUUUGUCGCUACACCAAUGGAAGCAAAGGUCAUCGCUGCUGAGGCAUAA